GAGUGAAUGGAACCAAUCAUUAAAGCCACCAGAGCAGACCCCAAACACACACCGAACUUCGUCAUCGUGCAGCCACACCCCAGAAGCAGACACUGCUCGGCGUCAUUGCUAUCUUGCACAAAUUAUUUGAAGUCUCAAAUCCACCAGAUCCUACCAACAAUACAGUCUCAACUACGGGCAGAUGAGACACUAAAGUUCAGCGUCGCGUCUAGUACAUCAUGUCGGCCACCAGUGUGGGCAGGUCAUGCCUCUAUCGCAGGUCACUGGUACCCAUCCAGACCAUGCGACCGAUUCUUGAGUCCAUCCCACCUCAUCGCGUGCCACGAUGUCGCACACAAUUACAAGUACAAAGGAGACCCUUCACAUCUACUCAGAGGCGAUGGAAACAAGACCAGGAAAGCUUCUCGUCGAGGCUAGGAAAAGCAUGGCGAUCAACGAGGGUAGAGUGGAAGCCCAUUCCCAUCGGCCUCGGUAUCGGAUUUCUAGGCCUAGUCCAGUUCAUGCGCAUCCGAUCAAGAGAAGGAGGCGCACAAGAGGGCGAUGGAGGGACAGAUGGUGGGCGCCCGCCGAAAAGACAAAAAAUAUACCCAACCGGAGGUGGAUGGCAGGUCCAGAUCAUGUCAACACUCCCAUUGAAGGCCAUUUCGCGCAUAUGGGGACGCUUCAACGAACUGACCAUCCCCUACUACCUGCGCGUCCCAGGCUUCAAGCUCUACGGCUGGAUCUUCGGCGUCAACUUCGACGAAGUCGGCGACCCAGACCUUCGCAGCUACCCGAAUCUAGCAUCCUUCUUCUACCGCGAGCUCAAGCCAGGCAUUCGUCCCCUCGACGCCAACCCCAACGCGAUCCUCUCACCGGCCGAUGCCAAAGUCCUCCAAUUUGGUACAAUCGAGAACGGCGAAGUAGAACAAGUCAAAGGCAUGACAUACAGCGUCGACGCUCUCCUGGGCAAGAUAUCUCCCGGAACAUCCCCGAACCCGCAAGCACCAUCAAACAUAUUCUCCAACAAAGAUCAGGGAACGUCCCCAGCACAUCUGGACGACCCAGAAGCCAAGUCCAUCUCCGCCGACCAAGAAUUUGCCAACAUGAACGGCAUCUCCUACACUCUCCCCAACCUCUUCUCCGGCGGCGCAAAAUCGUCAAACACACAUGCGCAAGACGCAUCCACGAAAUCCUCCGCAUCCUCCGAAGCACAAGUCAGCGCCGACCUAGCGACCACUCAACCAUGGUGGUCCCCCUUUUCUCAACCAUCCACAAACAACAAACUCUACUAUGUAGUGGUCUACCUCGCGCCAGGCGACUACCACCGUUUUCACUCUCCAGCAAACUGGGUCUGCAGUGCGCGACGACACUUCGCAGGCGAACUCUUUUCCGUGUCACCCUACGUCCAACGCAUUUUGCCAGGUCUAUUUACUCUGAACGAACGAGUCGUGCUCCUCGGCCGCUGGAAGUACGGCUUCUUCAGUUAUACAGCCGUCGGGGCCACAAACGUCGGGUCCGUGGUGAUUAACUUUGACAAGGAACUCCGCACGAAUUCUCUUACUACCGACACCGAAGCAGACCGACAAGCUGCUGCGGCUGCAGAGCGGGGCGAGCCGUACUCCGGGUUCAGCGAGGCGCAUUACGGACAUGCGAGUAAAUUGCUAGGUGGCCACGCUUUGCGAAGAGGCGAAGAGAUGGGCGGUUUCAAACUUGGUUCCAGCAUUGUAUUGGUCUUUGAGGCCCCAGCUGGUCAUAAAGAAGGAGACUUGAAAGGUGGAUUCAAAUGGGCUGUAGAAAGAGAUCAGAAAGUCCAGGUUGGUCAGGCCCUGGGAUAUGUGGUCGAUGAAGAUUAGGCAUGGAGUUCCACUCUAGCACAACGUGCAUCAUGACUUGAUUGAGCAUCAGGAGUACGCUGUACGAUAUACAAUACCACUUUGUUGAUGCUCUUGACGUUCUUCAUAGGCUUCAUCUGCC